AUGGACGCUUUCCGCAACACCGCCGAGACCUCAUUUUUCUCCGCCUCUCUUUCGCAGCCAUUCCCUUCGCCCUACCUCGACAGCAACAACGACGCCGCGUUCACUGAGCAACCGUGCGGCAGCGAGAGCCGCCCGAGCACUCCGGUUCUUGGGAGUCUUGCAGAGGGCAUUGCUCCUUCACUUUGCUGGAGUGUGAGCCGCCCCGGCGUUCCCAUUCUCGGGGAUCUUGCUGCUGGCAUUGCUCCCGCGUGCGUCUGGACUCUCUCGCCCACACCAGAGUUCGGGGACCUUGAUGUGGGCGUUGCUCCUCCCCCCUCCCCGUCCGGCGUCGCUACAGACCCGUCAUAUAGCGGCGCCGGUUCCCUUGAUACCGAUCGCUAUAUCGGUAUCAUGGAAGGAGAGCGGCCAACGGUCCCCUUGUUGGUAGUAACGCCACCAACGCCACCGGGGGGCCAGCCGACUCUUGCCAACCCCGUAUCCUUGGGUUGGCACUAUGGGCAGACGCCUGCGACCAUGGCACAGGCGCCAUGUUCAUAUUCUUUGAGCCCGGAGGUGGCUCAAGUAAGGGAGGCCCCAACACAGCUGGGGCUGUCCCUUAAAAAUCGACCUUCGACGCCGAUCCCGGUGAUUCGUGAGCCGACUCCGACACCGAUGGAUCAGUCGGAUUGUCGCCGGCCUCGCCGGCUACAACGGCUGCCUCGUCCUGUGUACGACGAGAAAUAUCUUUAUCCGGGGUGGUACCCCAGAAACCGGAGGCCCAGGAAGAGGCGGCGUCGGGGUUGA